CGGAAAUCCGAAGUCGACCAGGCCACUCUUUCCUUCUCAACUAGUGAAAAGUUAAAAGUUUCUUCUUUCGCCGGAAAGCGGAAAUUAUAGAUCGCUCCGGGCCUCCGGCACCCACCCACCCGCAAUCUCUCUACGGCUCAAAACUCGUAGUGGGUUUCCAACAAAUCAACAUCUUUCUUCAACGGCAAAAUCCUCGUUAUCUUUCUGGUAAUCUAUUAUGACGACUGCAGCUCGACCCACAUGGGCACCUGCCAAAGGUGGCAACGAACAAGGUGGUACUCGAAUUUUUGGCCCUUCCCAGAAGUAUUCAUCCCGAGACCUUGCUGCUCAUACAAAUCUCAAGCCCAGAAAAGAAGGUCAGGAUACCCAGGAUGAGUUGCAAAAGAGAAACCUCCGUGAGGAGCUGGAAGACCGUGAAAGGAGGCAUUUCUCAUCAAAGGAUAAGUCUUACAAUGAGGACAGAGAUCGCAGAAAAGCAAGCAAUCUCCUAUUGGAAGGAACAAAGAGAGAGGUUGAAGACCGUAUUGUUCCACGCAGUGUGGAUGCUGAUGAUUCUGAUGUGGAUGAUAAUAAUGACAAUGAAAGUGACGAUGAUGACGACGACGACGAUGAUGAGGAUGACACAGAAGCUCUAUUGGCUGAGCUUGAACAAAUUAAGAAGGAGAGAGCAGAGGAGCAGCUACGUAAGGAAAAACAGCAGCAAGAAGAAGAGCUAAAAGCCAAAGAAGCAGAGCUUCUUCGAGGAAACCCACUGCUCAACAAUCCAACAUCUUUUAAUGUAAAAAGGAGGUGGGAUGAUGAUGUUGUGUUCAAGAACCAAGCUCGCGGUGAAACAAAGGCUCCAAAGCGCUUCAUUAAUGACACCAUUCGAAAUGACUUCCACAGGAAAUUCUUGCAGAAAUACAUGAAAUAAUUGUCUAUCUGAUUGGAGCCAGCCAGGACAUUGUUUGUAAUGCUAUGGGAGUGAGUGUGAGUUAAUUAAACUGAGAGUGAAGUUGAAUUUGAUGUCAGCUUGUGUUAAAAAUUUGUUUUUAUGUUUUGAUUUGGGCAAUCUAUGUAUUAUAUUAUAUUAUAUUAUAUAUAAAGAAAAUAACUUUCAUAACAGUGU